GACAUCCACUUUCUCUCUCAAGAAACACAUCUCGAUUUUCACUGCAGCGUUGUCGUCGUCGCCUUCUCGACUGCAUCACUCGGUGGUUGAAAGAGUUAUUCGAUGACCAUGUUUAACUAUAAUUCUCAUACCCUAGUCGGGAUGACUACGGCAGCUAUCAGGGUGAUUGAAGCUGAUGAUAUCGAAUUCGGAACUCUGUCUUGGUUUACACAUGCCGGAAUUUCAUGUUUUCUUGUUAUCUUUGCGGGAAUAAUGUCCGGCCUCACCCUUGGCUUGAUGUCCCUUAAUCUCGUAGAACUCGAGAUUCUCCAAAGAAGCGGAACUGUUUCCGAGAAGAAGCAAGCAGCUUCUAUUCUACCAGUUGUUCAAAAACAGCACCAGCUUCUUGUGACUCUGCUUUUGUGUAACGCAUGUGCUAUGGAGGCUCUUCCUAUAUACCUGGACAAAAUUUUCCAUCCCUUUGUAGCUAUUGUGCUCUCUGUAACAUUUGUUUUAACUUUUGGUGAGGUCAUUCCACAAGCCAUUUGCACAAAAUAUGGGCUUGCAGUAGGAGCAAAUUUUGUGUGGCUUGUUCGUAUUCUAAUGAUCAUAUGCUAUCCUAUUGCUUACCCAAUUGGUAAAAUUUUAGAUGCUGUGCUAGGACAUAAUGAUGCGUUGUUUAGGCGUGCUCAGUUGAAAGCCCUUGUCUCUAUCCAUGGUCAGGAGGCUGGAAAGGGAGGUGAACUUACUCAUGAUGAAACUACCAUCAUAAGUGGAGCUCUCGAUCUGACUUUGAAGACAGCUGAGGAGGCCAUGACACCGAUUGAAUCAACAUUUUCUUUGGAUGUCAAUUCAAAAUUGGAUUGGGAAGCAAUUGGAAAAAUCCUUGCAAGGGGUCAUAGUCGCGUUCCUGUCUAUUCAGGAAAUCCAACAAACAUCAUAGGACUUUUAUUGGUAAAAAGUCUUCUUACAGUUCGACCGGAAACAGAGACUCCAGUUAGUGCAGUAUCCAUCCGAAGAAUACCUAGGGUUCCGGCAGAUAUGCCCUUGUAUGAUAUACUUAAUGAGUUUCAGAAGGGAAACAGUCAUAUGGCAGCUGUUGUGAAAGUCAGAGAAAAAAGAAAAUUUUCUCAAACUGUUUUUAUAGGGGAGAAAUCUGAAGAAACUGAGUCUGCAUCUGAGCAUUCACAUUUGACCACCCCCUUGUUACAAACACCCAAUGAGCAGUUGGCUGAUGUUGUUAUAGAUGUCCUCACAAGCAAGCAAAAUGAUAGUCCACAUGAUAAUGCCUCAACCAAUAACUUGAUGCAACAUUCUGAUGAUAGUGAAGACGGGGAAGUCAUUGGCAUCAUUACACUUGAAGAUGUUUUUGAAGAACUUCUACAGGAAGAAAUUGUGGAUGAAACCGACGUAUACAUUGAUGUCCAUAAAAGGAUUCGUGUAGCUGCUGCCGCUGCAGCUUCAUUAAUUGCUCGAGCCCCUUCAAACAAAAAGUUAAUUGCUCAAAAGCCAGUGGGAAACCAAGGUAAUAAGAAUAAGCAAGAGCAUGUAGUAAUAAGCAAGCCCUCUGAGGACGAGCAAAGCUUAAAAAAGAUAUUGGUUUCCCCAACGCAGCAACCAUCUUUGGGAAGUAACAGAUGACAAUAACAAAGUACUAGACAGAGUAAUAAGCCAUUUUCCAAUUUUUCUCUUUUGGGAGCAGCUUUUGUAAAAUUAUAUUAUACCAUGUAACUUGUUACUUGUUUGUUUGGGAGUAAUGUCUGUAAUGGCAGUUUGGCAAUUAUCUUCUAUAAAACUUGUUUAA